UGAAAAGUAAGUAAAGAAACCCUCAGACAUCAUCGAGACCCUGAGAGGGAUCCAAUACUUGUUCUGUUCUGCGCUUCAAGUUCCCGAAGAUCUGAUCCGUCUCCACCGAUUCCGUCCCGAUAAAACGUCUGAGAUUGUGUGUUUCUAGCUACAGAAGAUUUUCUCUGGGCGCCAUCUAUGCGUGUGGUGGUCCUUUGAACCGUCUCUUGUCGGAUUGUGUCACGUUUUGGGUUAUUGAUGCUUUGAGUCUCAACUUCUUCUCCAAUAAAAUCCAUUAGAGAAGAAAAGGAAACCGGGUUCGUAUCACGUGUCACUGGUGUUUGGUUGUAUGAACUGAACGGUUAUUUUAUUGAUGGGUCAAUGAACGAAUCGAAGAUUGCGUUUUAGACUGUAAACGGGGGAUCGGAUAUGUGGAAUAACCGGUCGAGUCCGGUUUUGACAACACUGUCCGGUUCAUAAACUUCUCCAGCCGCCUUGAUCUCUCUGUUUUGCGAUCGUGACUCUCAGGUCUUCUGAGGCUGUAUGUAAUAGCCUCGAUCUCUAAUUCAUAUUCUCCUGUCGAACUCUCUUCUUCUUCUCUCUCUCUCGAGUCGCCAGGCCGUCCAAAGUCGUUUUCUUUGAGGCUAUACAAAGAUGACAACAAUUGAAACAGGUCCAAAAACUACUCAAAAGCCAUCUCCUCCUUCUACUCUCAAGCAGCCAUCGUUUAAAAGGUGGGGAAGGAGACACCCUUUUGUACGAUACGGACUUCCCAUGAUCUCUCUCACUGUUUUUGGAGCCCUUGGACUCAGCCAACUCCUCCAAGGCAGUAAGGACAUCGCAAAGGUGAAAGACGACCAGGAAUGGGAGAUUAUUGAGACCAGAAAGGCUCUUUCUAGAACAGGGCCUGUCGAUGCUUACAAACCUAAAAACACUUCCAUCGAAGACGAGCUCAAGGCUAUGCAAGGGAAGGUGGACAUAAACUCGUACGAGUACAAGAAAAUUCCAAAGCUAAACGAAGGGUAUUGUAUAAGCUCGUGCUACUUCAUAAUGAAUAUAUCAAAGAAGACUAAUUUUUUUUAUAGUAUUUGACAUGUUGAGUGCAUUUCUAACACCAUGAUACGAUAUGAUAUGUUAUGUCAUGAACCAUGAUAACAUAUUAUUUGUGUUAGUAAUGUAAUUUUUCUAAACCAAGAUGUAAAG